AUGACGACACAGGCCUUACUCGCUCAAUUGUAUUGCACGACCCUGGCAUUACAAGCGACUGUUCUAAGGUCGGCUCCUGUUAUUCUUGGUAUCAACUUUGGCCAGUCGUUCGCGUCGAUCGCCGUUAUCGACAAGGAGGGCCAUGCCGCCUGUAUCGCCAACGAGGACGGCGAGCGCCAGAUUGCUUGCGCCGUCUCGUACGUCGAGGACCAGGUCUACAUCGGCAACGGUGCCAAGCCCCAGCUUGUGAAGAACGGCCACAACACGAUCAUGGGCUUCCGCAACCUCCUCGGCCACACCUACGACGAGGUGGACCACACUGCCAUCCUUGCCGCUCCCCUCAUUGCCGAGUCCAAGAUCCCUGCCUACACCGUUGACAUUAUGGUUCCCCCUCCCGCUGCGCCUACCCCCGUCUCGCGCUCGGCUGCUCCCUCGGGCUACGCUACUCCCAUCCCUGCUGAGCCUACCGCUGCCAAGAAGACCCUCACUGCCCCCGAGGUGACCACCCUCUUCCUCCAGACCCUCUUCACCUCGGCCACCGACUUUGUCGGCACCAAGCCCACCCACUGUGUCAUCUCGGCCCCCACCUGGUUCACCCCUGCCCAGACCCAGGCUCUCCGUGACGCUGCCACUGCCGCUGGCAUCAACGUCAUCCAGGUCCUUGACGAGUGCGCUGCCGUCCUUGUCGGCUACCGUGCCGGCAUGCCCGAGGAGCGCAAGGAGCGUGGUCUCCUUGGCCAGCCCGAGGAGGGCACCGCCGGCGAGGCUGAGGCCCGUGACAAGAAGGUUGUCGUCCUCGACAUGGGCGAGACCUCGCUUGCCGUCUCGGUCAUCUCCGUUGCCGACGGCGAGUACACUGUCCUGAACAAGGGCCGUGACGACAAGCUUGGUGGCCGCGAGUUUGACAACCUCCUUAUCAAGCACUUUGCCAAGGAGUUCACCAAGAAGACCAAGGUCGCUCUUGAGCUCCCUUGCUCCGAGUCUGCUUCGGCCGCCGACAAGCGUGCCGAGGCCAAGCUCCGCCUUGCCAUUGACCACACCAAGCGUUCGCUCUCGGCCUCGGCUGGUCCCGCCACCUGCGCCGUCGAGUCGCUCAAGGACGGCUACGACCUUUCGACCUCGAUCAACCGUAUCCGCUUCGACUCGCUCGCCGGCACUGUCUACCGCCAGGUCGACGCCCGUCUCCGCGAGUACGUGGAGGGUGCCGGCCUCGAGCUCGCCCAGAUCGACGAGAUCCUCCUUGCCGGUUCGUCGACCCUCCUCCCCGGUCUCCAGCAGCACCUCUCCUUCCUUGUCCCCCCUACCACCCCCAUCACCGCCGCCCUUGACCCCUCCGAGGUCAUCGCUGUCGGCUGUGCCCUCCAGGCCCUCCACCUCGCCAACCUCGACUCCAAGCUCAAGGUUGACGAUGUCCUCGCCCUCGCCGCCAACCCCCUCCCCACCACCGCCGCCCCCAUUGGUGUCGUCAUCCCCGGCGCCACCGACGACCUCCUUGCCGCCAAGGUCAUCGAGGUUGGCGCCCCCCUCCCUGCUCGCAGGAGGGUGUCGUUCCCCGUCGCCGGCGGUGUCACCGCCCUCGAGAUCUGGGAGGGCAAGGACGAGAUCAAGGUCGAGAAGGUCGAGAAGACCGAGUCGGAGAAGGCCGCCGCCGCCGAGGACGAGGACGAGUACUCGGACGACGAGGACGAGGAGAUCCGCACCUCGGUCUCUGUCAAGACCACCCGUCUUGGCGCCGUCGAGGUCGACGUCGCCGAGGGCAAGAACCUUGUCCUCGAGAUCAUUGUCCAGCGUAAUGGCCAGGUCUCGGUUGCCGCCUGGGCCGAGGGUGCCGAGGACAAGGUCGACAGCUUCGAGGUUUAA